GUACUGUUUCAUGCACGCGCACUCCUUGCAUACAUGGAUUUGCCACAUGAUUUGAUCAAGUAUAGCGAUUGUCAACAGUUCUGCAAAGAUGCUGCCAUGAUGCGUAUACAGCACGGAACCAGCAUUGUUCAGGAAUCAGAAUCAUCCCUGGAGGACAUUUUUUGUGAUAUACGAAAUGCGGAUCUCACACCAAACACGGUAACGGGUGUUCCUCAGAUACCACCAGCUGUCUGGUUCCAUUCCGAGAAAGCACGAUAUCCGGGAACAAAUGGUGUGCCUUGUGCUAUAGAUGCCUAUGAUCUUCGAGGGAGAGUGGUCAGUAUAAUUGUGGAUAGCCAAGUAUGUCUGAUUUUUUAUUUUUUAUUUAUUUUUUAUUACUAA